AUGAAUGCUGCAAACAUUCACAGAAAACGUUGUCAAACUUCCGAACUUAAUUCACACGCCUCAUGUGGGAUGGUACAAGAAAAACAAAAUAAAAAAGUCGAUUUGGGGGCAAAGCUCAUGAGUUUCGUGAAUUUACAAAAACAUUUCACGAGCGACAAACUGAAAAAGUCAAUGAAUGGUUUGUCUGGGGCUUUACUGUCACUUUUGAAAUUAAACCAAAAAUGGCAAUGUCAGAGUGAGAGUGUUGACGUUCGUUGGGUGAUAAUUUUAUUAACAGAAUUUGUUGUCUUGUGGUAUGAGUGA